AUGAUCCGGCUGCUCCCUCUCAUCCACUCGGGUACCUCAAAUCCGUUUCUCUAACUGCACGAAGACGUUGCCAAAACCCAACCGCAACCCAAAAGGAGGAUUGUUCAAAAAUAAUAAUCAUCCAGAAAGUAUGAGUGACGGCCCGGCGUGUUGUCCAGCUGCUGAGCCGCUCCGGCCGGGAGGAAGUUGUGAGUCAAAACCGGAGGAACAUCAACUUUUAUAGACUUUUAGACCGCCGCCUGCAAGUAGGCACCAGCCCCAAUUUCCUCUUAUUUUACUCGGGAAUUGAGAGUCCGUACAGCUCUGACAUUAUAUUAGUGUUUUUAGGUAAUGUGUUGUCGAGGGCGUCUUGAAACGACGAGGAAAUGGCAUUUCUGUGAAGAAGAGCUCCCUGGUUUUUGUGGUUGACAAUGGAGAAUAAAUGAAGGGGACGUUUCAGGGGAUUAAUUGACAGCACAACGACAGAAUGCGGGAGAGGGACCUACAGAGCGUGUGCAGAAGGGCCCUGCUGCUGACCGUCUGUAUGGUGUCUCUGUGGGGACUGGCAUCGUCACACAGAAGCCACAUAGUUCAUGUGAAAGCGGGAACCUGUGAGGUGAUUGCGGCACACCGAUGCUGCAACAAGAACAAGAUCGAGGAGAGAUCCCAGACUGUCAAGUGCUCCUGCUUCCCUGGACAGGUGGCGGGAACAACAAGAGCGGCUCCAUCCUGUGUAGACGCAUCCAUAGUGGCACAGAAGUGGUGGUGCCAGAUGCAUCCCUGCAUGGAUGGGGAGGAAUGUAAAGUGCUGCCGGAUCUCAAAGGAUGGAGUUGCAGUACAGGAAACAAAGUGAAGACAACCAAGGUCACACGAUAGUCGUCUGUUCGGAGGAUAGCCUUGUUUGGUACCAGACGUUUGUUUAUUUGACCAACAGCACAGGACAUUUGGAUAUCAUGUGUUUUUGGAGGAUGGGUGGAGACAGGGACCGGCAAGGACAAUAAUCACGGACAUUCCACUGAACGAAUGGAGGAAAAGGACCGGCGAGCAUCAUAUAAGAAUACGUAUCCAAAAAGAUUCCUGACUUUAGAUCCAGCAUCAACAGUAGCUGUCUCUGAACUCUACUGCCCACCAAAUCUCUCUUUGUAUUAUAGUUUUAUUCCUAUGGACUACAAAGCUCAACCAUGAAGAUAUUUAUUGACUAAAAGACUGUGGAUUACACCAGAAAAAAAAAAAAUCACCCUAAAAACAAAACCACGUGAUGUGAAACCUUUGUGUUAUUUCCUCGCCACACAGAGCCCCGAAGACUCUUGAUUCAUAUCUGUGUUGAAGAUCUAGUGGAUCAUAAGCGUUUUCAUUCCUUUUAGCCUUAUGGAGCAGAGAUAUCUCUUCUUUCUUUGUUGAGUUGAAACAAGUGUUUGGCUUUUAUUAAGUUUGUUAGGAUGUCAGGUCUUGUUUUGAAAGACGAUGCCACAACAAUAAAACCUAGAAAAAAUAUAAUGAUAAACGGUCAACACAGCUAAGUUCUGCCAAAAUGUUUUAAUGGUAUCUGUUGUUUUAAAAGCCUGGUGACUACCAUUGAUUACAAAUGUCAAUAUUAACUCAAUAAAUCUAACUCAAUGGA